AUGGUUAUGAUUCGGAUUUUUAAUCUUGCCAUCUUUAUAUAUAUAUUGAUUUUGAACAUCGGAUUGAGACAUCCUUUUCUUCCUCCUAUAAUUCGUCAUGUUGUCGUUGCCUUGUCUUCCUCGUCUAUUUCCAGACACAAAUAUGAUGUUUUCUUGAGUUUUAGAGGUGAAGAUACCCGCAGAAGUUUUACAGAUCAUCUCUAUGAUGCUCUUCAACGCAGCGGAAUCGUCACUUUCAGGGAUGAGCCGGAGCUGGAGGCCGGCGAAGAGAUUGCCCCAGAACUCUUUAAAGCCAUUCAACAAUCAUGGUGCUCGGUAAUCGUUUUCUCCAAAACCUACACCUUUUCAAGUUGGUGUUUAGAGGAGCUUGCUGAGAUUGUUAAACAAAAAUUGGAAAAGGUUCAUAAAAUAUUCCCAAUUUUCUAUGAUGUUGAUCCGUCUGAUUUAAGAAAACAAAAGUAUAAAGUUGGAGAAGCAUUCGCCAAACACGAAGAUACAUACAAGGAAGAUCGACACAAGAUCCAAAGAUGGCGAAAUGCUUUGACUGAGGUUUCUAACAUCAAGGGAUGGCAUUUGAAUAACAAGCAUGAUUAUGAAUCUGAAUUCAUUGGAGCUAUUGUUAAAAAAGUCUCGGCAAAAUUAUGUCAAACGUAUACGAUUAUUCAUGAUAAGUUGGUCGGAAUUAGUUCCCGUUUGGAAGAGUUUUAUUCAAAAAUCGAUGUUGGAGAAGAUGAUGUCCGUAUUAUAAGAAUAUGUGGAAUGGGUGGCAUCGGUACAACCACUCUUGCAAGAGUUGUUUACAACCAAAUGUCAUCUCAUUUUGAAGGUAAAAGCUUUCUUGCUGAUGUUCGAGAAGUUUCAAACAAAUUGGGACUUGCUUCUUUACAGAAACAACUUCUUACUCAAACCUUGUCCGAAGGAGGAUUCAAUAUAUUCGAUGUUAAUGAAGGAAAUGCAAUCAUCAAUCAUAGGUUGUCUCACAAAAAGGUUCUUGUUGUUAUCGAUGAUGUUGAUAACAGAAAAUACUUGGAACACUUGGUUGGAAGGCGUGAUUGGUUCGGUUCAGGCAGUAGGAUCAUUGUAACAACAAGAGAUGAACAUCUGCUCCGAUCCUAUCGAGCCGAUUAUGUGUAUAAGCCUACAACAUUGAGUCCCAAUGAUGCACUUCGGCUUUUUAAAUUGAAAGCUUUCGAUAGUGAGACAGUAUUAGAAGGUGUUUUCAUUGAGCUUUCUAAGCAUGUUGUACGCUACGCUGGUGGUCUUCCCUUAGCUCUUGAAGUGUUGGGUUCUUUUUUGUGUGGUAGAGAUGCAACUCAAUGGAGAAGUGCAAUUGAAAGACUUAAACGAGACUCCAACAAAGAAAUUCUUGAUAGACUUCGAAUCAGUUUUGAUGGAUUGGAAGAAAGGGAAAAUAAUAUAUUUCUUGAUAUCGCAUAAUUCUUUAAUGGGGAGGAGAAAGAUUUUGUAACCAAAGUGUUGGAUGGUUGAGUUUUUCCUAGAUAUUGGAAUCGAUGUUCUCGUUAAGAAAUCCCUAGUGGCAGUUGAUGAAGACAACAGAUUGUGGAUGCAUGGCUUGCUACAAGAAAUGGGAAGAAAAGUUGUUUGGGAAAAAUCUAUUGAUGAACCUGGAAAGUGUUGCAGAUUGUGGGAUGAAAGGGACAUCCAACAUGUUCUAACAAAAAAAUCUGGAACCAAACAAGACACUCAAUUCGAGUGUCGAUGCCUUCUCAAAGAUGAAAAGAUUGAGAUUGCUCAAAGUUCUUUGCCUCUCAAAUUGUGAUGGUCUCAAAUAUCUUUCUAAUGAGCUACGGCUUUUAGAUUGGAAAGGAUGUCCUUUAAGAUCUCUGCCCUCAGGCUUUCAACCGGACAACCUUGUUGCACUUCUGUUACAAUACAGUCACAUUGAACAACUAUGGAAGGGAACCAGACCCUUGUACAAGCUGAAAGUGUUAAACCUCAGAGGGUCCCCGAACCUGAUCAAGACUCCGGACUUCACAAUGGCCCCAGAUCUUGAAGUUCUGAUCCUGGAAGGUUGUACAAAAAUAGUUGAUGUUCA